CGGCUCUCGGCGAAUGGGGCUCAGGUUCUCAGCACACGUUCGUGUGACCAUGUUUCAGCUAUAAAUGUGUGCGCGUGCGCGCGUACGUCGUAAUGUGGCUUGUUUUUCGGCUUUGUUCGGAUGGUGGGCUGCGUUGCAUUGGUCGCACCCAAGGAUGUUUUUAAGCUUCGGUGGCUUGCGGUGCCACCUGAGCGAAAGCGCCUCAGGCCUCGGGCGUCUUGCAUUCUUGCUCGUCAGGCAGGAGCUCCCGAAAUGGUCUCGACCCAUUCCCUAGGGUCGGGGCUUCGUCGCGGGGCCCAUGGGGCCCUGACACGUCUCCAGGCGCCGAAGUGGGGCGGACGUGCUGGGAUGCUGGGCAGAUCACGAUGUCGGAGGUCCAGGGAGGGGUGCGGGUACGAGGCCAUCAUCGCGUUCGUUGAGGCCGUGCUGAACCUCGUGGCGGAGACUGUAAGGCCUGGACAGCGACACGACGCCCGCAAGGUGCAGCACGGGCAGAUGCUGAGGCCUCACGCGCUUCAGGUCUGCCCUGGCUUCGUGGAGGCCAUCUUCAGGCUCAUCGCUGGCGUGCCCACCAGGUACGUCCAGGAGACGCUGCCCUGCGUUCUCGAGAGCGUCGGGCGGGCGUUCCCGCAGGAGUUUCCCUCCUGGCUGGAGGCGGGGAUGCAGGCGCUGCCGCCCUCGGUGGCGUCCAAGGCCGAGCAGCAGACCAUAGGCCAUCAGAUCCUCCAGGGGGACGAGCGCCUGAUUUACGACGCGAUCCAGGACCUCUGCUACCGCUGCGAGCAGGUGGCGUUGCGGAACCGCGCCCAGAACACGAGCACGACCGAGGGCGGCAAGAAGGCGUGACCCGUACAGAGGCUCCUGACCGCCGGCCCGCGGGGUUGCGCUGCAGAUAGUUGGUGUAGGUGUACGUCGCGAAGCAGCGACCGCCCCUGGACGAUGUGUAGUUCGGCACACCCUACCGCCGCACGGGCGUGCUGGUAGUGAUACCGUGUCGUUGAUUUGCAACGAGCCUCUAAGGAGGCAGUUGCGCGUUGCACAGACGCAUGAGAAAGGGAUGGAGCGCGUUUUGUGUCGGCGUCACCGCAAAUCGCUAUCACUUUUGCCAGGCGCCGCCGGCAUUUGCCUCGUCUGCUCUCGCUGCCUCCCCCCAUCUCUUCCUUGCC